AUGGGCGUUACUAUUGAAACACUCUCUUCUGGUGAUGGCGUGAACUUCCCGAAGAAAGGGGGUAAUGUGACGAUCCACUACGUUGGCACUCUCCUCGACGGCUCGAAAUUCGAUUCGUCCCGCGACCGCGGCAAACCGUUUGUCACCCAGAUUGGCGUCGGGAAGGUCAUCAAAGGCUGGGAUGAGGGCGUGCCCCAGCUGUCGAUUGGCCAGAAGGCGGUCCUGACGGCCACGCCUGACUAUGCGUAUGGCAGCCGCGGUUUCCCCCCUGUGAUUCCCGCGAAUGCGACCCUCAAGUUUGAGGUCGAACUGCUCAAGAUCAACUGA